GUGUGUGUGUGUGUGUGUGUGUGUGUGUGUGUGUGUGUGUGUGUGUGUGUGUGUGUGUCUGUGUGUGUGUGUGUGUGUGUGUGUGUGUGUGUGUGUGUAAUAUCCAUUUUGUUAUAUAGUUUUUGCUAUAUAAUAUAUCUUUUUUGUUACAUGUUUAGUUUGCCAUUUUUUAAAUGAACCGCCUCCCAUAAAUAAGAAGCUGUGAUUUGAAUAAGAAGCUGGUAAAUAAGAAUCUGGCGGAAUAAGAAACUAACUUCAGUCUCCUCUGUGACCUCGCCUUCAUUGAACAGCGGCGUUAAAGCUUCAGUCCUAUUAGAAGAGAGAUCCCUGGAACUGAACGGCUUCACGAUGGACAGCCAGGAGGAUAAAAUAAGGAAGAUAGGAGAAGAAGUGAUGAACAAGCUGAUGGAUGAACUGAAGAAGAAGAUGGAAGAGAAACUGAAGAAGAUAGAGCAGGAACUGGAGAAUAUGGAGAAUGAACUGGGGAUGGAGAUGGAGGAGGAACUGGAGAAGGAAGUAAAGGAACAGAAUAAAAAGAUGAGGGAGAAACACAGGAAAGAGAUGAAGAGUAAAAAGGUGAAGAAAGACCAGGCAGAGGGGUUGAAAAAACAGAGGGAAUCUCUCCAGGAAAACACAGAAGAAAAUGUAGGAGCAUCAAUAAAAGAGGGUGCAGGGACAGGUGCAAUUGAAGGUGCAUGCGGAGUCGUUAUUGAAGAAUUAACCGAAAUCAUACCAGACCUAUUUACAAACACAGUCAACACUAUCGUAAUCAAUGGCCCAAACUUAAUAGCAGGCGCAAUCUCAGGGAUUGUCAUAGGUGUAGCAGCAGGAGCAGCUGGAAGCGCAGUCGAAUACUAUGUGGAAAAACAAUAUGGAGCCUCAGCCGGAAAAGCAGCUGGAUCCGUGGUCGAAGCAACUGCCACAGGCCUAACCAUGGGCGGAGCUAAGCUUCUCAACAAGAAACUGGAUUACAAACUGACUGAGUCAUUAAAUAAGAAAAACAUCAGUUGGAUGAAGGAUGAGAAGAAACUGAAGGAGAUGGAGAAGGAACUGGGGGAGAAAGAGGACCAACUGAAGAAUGAGAUUGACAACAUACUGAAGAAGAGUGUGGUCAAACUCAAGGAACUCAAGGAAACAAAGGAGAAACUUGGCAACACAAAGAAGAAAAUUGACGAAACAAAGAAGAAACUGUAUCAGACAAAGGAGAGAAUGGUGGCAAAACCCUCAAUGAAGGAUCUGAAUGCCAGAGUGCAGAAACUGAAGGAUUCAAUGAGCAUUCUGGAUGCCACUUUGCAGAAACUUGAGGAAACAGAUAACUAUCUGGAUAGACUGAAUGAGGCAGAGAAAAAUCUGGAAGCCAAAGUGAAAAGACUGGAGAAGGCAAAGAACAAACUGAAUGGCACACUGCAGAUACUGGUGGAGACAAUUAAUGAAGUGAAGGAGACAGAGUGGUGCCUGAAGGAGGCAGAGAGCACUCUGAAUGCCAUCGUGUGUUAUCUGAAUGACACAGGUAAAGAACUGAAGGACAUAAAUAAUAAACUGGACGACAUGGAGAGGGAACUGAAGGAGAUGGAGAUGAAAAUGAAGAAGGAGAUUGAGGACUUACUGAACAAUGCAAAGAAGAAACUCAGCACUGUGAAGGAUACAAAGAAGAAACUGGAUGAGACAAAGAAUAAUCUGCACAAGACAAAGGACAGAAUGAAGGUGGUAAAACAGGAUCUGAAUCUCACAGUGCCGAAUCUGCAGGUUUCAGAAAACAAUCUAAAACCUUCAGUGAAGGAUCUCAAUGCCAGAGUGUGGAAACUGGAGGACUCAAGGAGCAAUCUGGAUGUCACUUUGCAGAAACUUGAGGAAACAGAUAACUAUCUGGAUAGACUGAAUGAGGCAGAGAAAAAUCUGGAAGCCAAAGUGAAAAGACUGGAGAAGGCAAAGAACAAACUGAAUGGCACACUGCAGAUACUGGUGGAGACAAUUAAUGAAGUGAAGGAGACAGAGUGGUGCCUGAAGGAGGCAGAGAGCACUCUGAAUGCCAUCGUGCCUUAUAUGAAUGUCACAGGUAAAGAACUGAAGGACAUAAAUAAUAAACUGGACGGCAUGGAGAGGGAACUGAAGGAGAUGGAGAUGAAAAUGAAGAAGGAGAUUGAGGACUUACUGAAAAAUGCAAACAAGAAACUGGAAAAUGUGACGGCGAAACAGAAAGAACUUGACAAAACAAUGAAACAUGUGCAGAAAAUGAAGUUGACAAAGGAGAUACUGGUGGAGGCAGGGAGCAAUCUGGAUGUCACACUGCAGAAACUGCGGCAGAAUCUGGUUGCCACAGUGCCUAGACUGGAGAAGACAAAGAAAAAUCUGAAAGCCACAGCGCAGAUACUGAUAGAGGCAAAUAGUGAACUGAAGGAGAUGGAGAACAAUCUGAAUGACACAGUGCAGGGCCUGAAUGAGAUCGAAAUUAAACUGAGGGAGUUACAAAGAGAGAUUGAAGGACAUAAAUAGUAAUAAAAAAGGAUGCCAGCCUGCUGGAGAAACCAAAUAACGAGAACAGGGAUCUUGUCUUUGGAAUGCCGCAGAAACACAGACAUACAACAUAUGCUGUGGCUUUUGUGCAUAAAUAUGUCUCUCGUUGCUAUUUGUGAUGGCAGUAACUGGAUCAAUAUGAUCUAAUAAUUGUAGUUUUUUUUAUUUUUUUGAUUAGGGACACAUAUAAUAAUGACAUGACAGUUACCUGGCACAAGAUGCAUUGUAUUUUCAAUUUAUCCAGAAGGAUCAUUUUCAUUGACAGUCCCCAGGAAGACAUUGAUGACCAUUAGUAGCCAUCAAUAACAACUAAUCCAAUACAAACUAAAAUCAUAUAAUAAAUACAUAUCACCAAUAUACACAACUAAUCUCAAAUACUUCAUAUAAAACAAUUAACAAUUCAUGUUAUCAAAUAAUAAUUCAACUUCCACAACUUAAGUAACCAAUUCACAAUUCAAAUUGAUAAACAUCCCAAAUAAACUAAUGACUGCAUAAUUGGUUAUUUUUCAGCCAGGUCUUGAGUUUAUACAGAAUAUUUUAAAAUCUUUUAAAACCUUAAUUUCUGUGGGAAAUUAAUUCCAAAAUGUGAUGCCUCACAUAGAGCCGUUUGGGAAAAUGUUGUUCUAUGCUUUUCUAUUUUACAGUUCCUACAUACAGCAUCCUUUCUACUGUUAACCUCAGAAAGCUUUUUCACAAAUUCUUGCAAUGAUGGAGCACCCAAGACAUGCAAAGUCUUAAAUACCAAUCUAGCAUAAGAAAAUUUGACAAAAUGAUCAAAACUCAGCAGUUGGUACUUAGUCAAAACAUUACAAUGAUGGUAUCUCCCAGGUUUUUUAUCCAUAACUUUUAGAUCUUGAUUAUAAAGACAUCAUAUUGGAUUAAUUACAGAUUUACCUGCUUGGGACCAGGAAGUAUACAAUAAGAUAUAUGAGUGCAUGAAUACUUUAGAAGCAUUAGUUGUUAAAUUAGAUCUGAUAUGUUGAAAAUUUGCUAAUCAAAUUUCAAGUGUGAAUCAAUAAUAAGUCAUAAGGAUUUAACUUCUGGGACUUCCUCAAUAACUUCUCCUUCAAUUUAAACAUUAAAGUUACUUAUCCUAGGUUGUCUUAUAGAGAAACAAAUACUAACGUUUAGUGUCAAACACGAGCAAUUAAGCCAAUCUGAUAUUUUCUUCAUAUAAUAGUUUAGAAGCUGGUUUUUGCUGAUACAUAUAUAACUGUAUCAUCAGUUUACAUCUGCAAACCUGCACCUGGGCACACCUCAGGAAGAUCAUUAAUAUAUAAACUAAAAAGUAAAGGUCCCAUCACAGACCCCUGUGGGAUUCCAGCUACACAUUCUCUAAAAUGAGAUUGAACAUUGUUAAUUAAAACACACCAUCCUUUAGAUUAUCCUUUAUGAUUUCCAUUACACGAGAGUAGAUGUUAAAACUUCAUGCUGAUUUGAACUCGGCUCUCGCCAAGAUAAGCACCAACUAAGACGUAGCUUUACAGUAAACUAAUGUGAUCCAUAUGCGUCUCCAUCCAUUUACGUUUCCUUCCAUAUGAUGAUGUAGAUAUCCUUCUGUCUGGUGUUAAUGGCUGAAGUGUAAUGCUGGCUCCAGGGAUCAGCUUAUUUUGCCUCCCUGGCGCAUCAGCACACACAACGGCUGCGAUGCUGGCUCCGGGGAUCAACCAAAGUGCGGCCUCCCCAGCGCAUCAGCAUGACAACCGUCUGGAUUGAGCUAAGUAGGGUACAUCUCUGGGGUUUUCAAGUGGGCACCUUCCAUCCUCAGUGUUUCGUCGACUAGCCCACGACACCUCAAGAGGGCUCGACGGUGAUUCUGGCGUCCCAGCAUCACCCCCCUCCGUCC